AUGGACAUCAUACAGGCCGUCUCCGGCUACAUCACCAAGAUGGUGUCGGUCGGGGACAGCGCUGCGACUGGCACCUCCGCGGCCAAGAUGAAGAUCCUCCUCCUCGACAACGAGACUGUCCCCAUAGUAUCGACUGCGACAACACAGUCCGCCCUCCUCAACCAUGAAGUCUACCUUACCGACCGCCUCGACAACCCAAAGCGGGAGAAGAUGCGCCAUCUUCGCUGCCUAUGCUUUGUGCGACCGUCGCCCGAGUCUAUCCAGAACCUCAUCGAAGAGCUGCGAGAGCCCAAGUACGGGGAAUACAACAUCUACUUCAGUAAUAUAAUCAAAAAGUCGUCAUUGGAGCGCCUCGCCGAAGCUGACGACCACGAAGUCGUACGCGCUAUUCAGGAAUACUUCGCCGACUUCCUCGUCAUAAAUCCCGACCUCAUGUCGCUCAACCUCGGAUUUCCCGAUCAUCGGAUAUGGAGCACAAGCCCGGAUGCGUGGAAUCAGGAUGCGCUACAAAGAUCGACCGAGGCAGUCAUGGCCUUACUUCUGUCGCUGAAGAAGAAGCCCUUGAUACGAUACCAGAAGAACAGUUUGCUCGUGAAGAAGCUGGCGACCGAGGUCCGAUACCAUAUGACACAGGAAGAGCAACUGUUCGACUUCCGCAAAACAGAUACCCCGCCCAUACUUUUGAUUGUCGACCGAAGAGACGACCCGGUGACACCGCUGUUGACGCAAUGGACGUAUCAGGCUAUGGUUCACGAGCUGCUCGGAAUACACAAUGGACGGGUGGACCUACGCGAUGUGCCAGAGAUACGUCCUGAGCUCAAGGAGAUCGUGUUAUCGCAGGAGCAGGACCCUUUCUUCAAGAAGAACAUGUAUCUCAACUUCGGCGAUUUAGGGCAAAACGCAAAAGAGUAUGUCGAGCAGUUCGCGUCAAAGCAGCAGGGAUCGCAAAAGCUCGACUCUAUUGCCGAUAUGAAGCGCUUUAUCGAGGACUUUCCCGAGUUCCGCAAGCUUUCCGGCAACGUCACCAAGCACGUCACACUUGUCGGUGAGCUGAGCAGACGAGUUGGCGAGGAGAGUCUACUGGACAUCAGUGAGCUCGAACAGAGCCUGGCAUGUACAGACAACCAUUCCAACGACGUCAAAUCGCUGCAAAGGAUCAUCCAAGAUCCAAAGGUCCCGGCGAACAACAAGCUCCGGCUGGUUGCCAUCUACGCGUUGCGCUACUCAAAGACCUCGUCAAACUCCACAGCUAUGCUACUUGACUUGCUCGCUGUUGCGGGUGGACUGUCACGGCAUCGCAUUAACCUCAUCACAAAGCUGCUGACCUACCAUGACUCGCUGCAAGCGACUACGGCGGCAGGUGGAGUGCCGGACCUUUUCCAACCUGGGUCAUUCUUCGGAGGUGCCCGAGAUCGACUCAAGGGCUUGAAGGGUGUUGAGAACGUCUACACACAGCACUCGCCUCGCUUAGAGGCUACGUUGCAGGACAUGAUCAAGGGUCGCUUAAGCCAGCAGCUGUACCCCUUCGUCGAGGGUGGCGGAUCGACAAAGGACAAGCCGCAGGACAUCAUUGUCUUCAUGGUCGGCGGCGCAACAUACGAGGAAGCUAAGAUGGUUGCGCAAGUCAAUGCUAGUUCCCCAGGUAUUCGAGUCGUGCUCGGCGGUACCACUGUGCACAAUAGCACUUCCUUCUUGGAGGAAGUAGAAGAUGCCGUCGACUCGUGGCCCGAGCCUCCCGCUACAUCAGCUGCGGCUCGCCUGAAGAGAGAAAACUGCACAGCCUUCGGGCGCGAGUGCGUCUUCAUCACCGUCCCUGAGAGCGCUGCGCGCAAGAAAGAGAGGGAGCAGAGAGAGCGCGCACAGAGUAAGAGUGGCGCUGGUGUCACCAUCCCGGACUGGACCAAGAACCUCCCCGUGCGCACGCAGAGUAGCGCCAGUGUGCAUGAUGGGUACGAGAAUGCGAAUUCCGUCGACACCACCACGCCUGGCACGCCUCCGCGAGACUAUGAAUGGGAAGCCUACCAGCAGGAUGUCGAGCCCGAAACGGAUGCCUGGGAGAGACUGCCCGCAGAGCCUGAAGAGACGCAGGACGAUGUGUACGAGGACGAGAAUGACGAUGAAGAUCAGAUUGCGACGGAUCUCACGAUUCGAAUCGGGAGGAUGAUCAUUUGUGAGAAUGUCACCGGAUUUUUCCGCCCCCAAUACGCCGAAGAGCUCGGCAAGCUUCUGUCUGAGAGCUUCACCCCGUCGUCAUCAGUCACGGGCCAGAGAGCGACACAAUCGUCUGCUCUGCUGUCCGCAGAACAGAUGCCGUCCCUUGCACCAUCACUGAACCUGCUGCUAGGUGGCUCGCUGCCUCUACAUCAAAACAAUGAUGUGGAAGCACCGCAGCUACCGACUAAGAUGGAAGCAGAGGGACUACUACAGCGAUACACGGAAGCUGUCAGCCCUCUUGCGCACGUUUUGCAUCUUCCGUCGUUCAAGCGCAUGUUUGACCGCUUUUGGAUGAAUCUCGAGAUUGGAAAUCCCAACCAGAAUUCAUGUACUGCCUUGAUAUUGGCCGUGUGCAUGGCUGCUGCGGCCUCUGUAUCGCCUCUGCAAGCCAAGUCGCAGUUUGGCAUCACGAAAGAGGACCUGUUCUUGCGCUUACAAAAAGCUACGGAGCGGGCAUUGCUUCGUGCUAAUUGGGCGAAGACGUCCAAUAUACGGACUUUGCAAGCCUUGACGAUCUAUUUGAUACCCCUCUGUCGAGCGCAAAUAUCUCGAGCGACGUCUGUCGUAGUUGGUGCUCUGGUUCGCCUGGCACAAUGUAUAGGCAUACAUCGCAUGAGCCACAGCUCAGCCAACAGCCUGACACCCCUACAGCGACACGUUCGAUCGCUCUUGUGGUACCAAAUCUGCUUCUUAGACUUCAAGACAGCCGAAGCGCAGGGGCCCCAUCCAUCCAUUCGAUCGGACGAUUUCGACAUUGCGCUCCCGUUAAAUGUAGAUGACGACGUCUUCGAGUUUGGCAGUGCAAAAUGGCAACAACACCCAGCCUCCACCACCGGCUGGUCAGACGUCACUUUAUCGCUGAUACGCUACGAAUGCAACGAGAUCCACCGUCUCAUCUUUCGCGGCAGAAUUGAGAUGGACCGCAAGCACAUCACCCUUCACGAUCUACGCGCCCGCGUAGAAGCCAAGAAGCGUCAAAUCCAAAGCAAAUACCUGCAGUACCUGGACGCCAAUGUUCCCAUCCAACGUUAUGCAGGCCUCGUAGCAACUCUCUUAAUGUCUCGCUGCGACUCCAUGCUCCUCUACCGGCACCUCCCGCAAACCUCCCUGCAACCACGCUCAGAAUCCGAAAACCGCCUCCGCGACGUGCUCCUCACAGCAGCUCUCACGACGCUCGAAAUUGGCGCAACGCUGGACACACUGCCCUCGCUCUCGUCAUGGGCCUGGUACUCAACGACCUACCAACAAUACCACGCCGUCCUCCUCCUCCUCACCGAACUCUACCGCACGCCCGACCUCCCGCGAAAAGAGCGCAUGGCCACAAUCAUCGACCACAUCUUCGGGCACUGCUACGGCGUCGGCGUACGAGAACGUUGCUCCGACCUCCUCUUCACCGUCAAAGAAAACCUAGAAGCCUUCUACGUAAUGAAAGGCUUCAACAAAAAGCGCCAACAAAUCGCUCCCCAGCAACAUCCCACUCUCCAACCCUUACCCUCCUUCGGCGGCUCCGUAACGAGUCCCGCGUUUGGCGCGCAGCAGACACCGAAUAACAUGCAUGGCCAUUUGCAGAGGACGCCUACGUCUGGUACGCUGGAUGGCUUGAAUGUGGAUUUCGAUAGUAUACUCGGGAGCUUGAAUGGUGGAGGCGGCGGCGGCGGUGGGGCAGGUGCUGGGUCGGCAGAGGAUUACGAUGUCUGGGGUGGCAUGAGCGCUGGUGCGGGUCAGGAUACGGGUGCUAUUUUUGUGCCGGUGGAUACGGGGCAUCAUGCUGAGUUUGGGACUACGAGUCCGAAUGGGGGGUUGCAGCAGUGGGAGAACUGGAAUUUCCCGCCUCAACAGCAGAAGUACGAGCAUUAA